GGAUGAAGGGGAAAAUAACAAUGGAAGAUUUGAGAACGGCUCUAUGGAAGCUACUUGAAAGUUCUGGCUCCAUCGGCUCUCUCGUAUAUAAACGCGUUCCUGCUCCUGUCGUUGAUCAUCGAAGUGAAUUCAGCUAAAUUGAUCAUCAAACUCGUACUACAAAUCAAUCUUAACAGAAAUACAAAUUCAGAUUUGAGUCAAUUAUGUCUCUGAUUCCAAGCAUCUUCGGAGGUCGCCGGAGCCACGUUUCCGACCCGUUCUCUCUAGAUAUUUGGGAUCCUUUCCAAGGCUUCCCGUUUUCCAACGCCGUCGGCUCUUCUCGCGAAACGUCGGCGUUUGCGAACGCGCAGAUCGACUGGAAAGAGACGCCGGAGGCUCACGUGUUCAAGGCGGAUCUACCCGGGCUGAAAAAGGAGGAGGUGAAGGUGGAGGUGGAGGAAGGUAAGGUGCUGCAGAUCAGUGGGGAAAGAAGCAGGGAGCAGGAGGAAAAGAAUGACCAGUGGCACCGCGUGGAGCGGAGCAGCGGCAAAUUCCUUCGCAGGUUCCGGUUGCCGGAGAAUGCCAAGGUGGAUCAGGUUAAGGCUUCAAUGGAGAAUGGUGUGCUCACAGUAACUGUUCCCAAAGAGGAAGUGAAGAAGGCGGAGAUCAAAUCCAUUGAGAUAUCUGGCUAGACCUCUGCUAUGAGAAGUUCAGCCUAUCCUCUGCUUUCUUUUGAGUGUAUGCCAUUUUAUGUUUGAGUCAAUUUUCUCAAUUAAUCUAAUACUCCGUAUGUAUCGUAUCCUCAUUUGUUGAAUAUUAAUAAAACAAAGGUUAAUGUGGGUAUUAAUCC